GGCGGGCUGAAGGAGGCGGAGCCUGGCGAAGAGAGUUGGAAUUUUUUCCAGGCGCCAUUUUGAAGUGCGGUGCAGGGGAGUUGCGUGCGCCUUUCGCGGCUACGCCAGCAGCGGACACACACAGAGAGGCGAAUGGCUAACCGUAACCUGAAACAGGUCCACAUCGAAAAGAACAAUGGCGGCGGGGGCGAAAUGCUCUCGCCCCCCUCAGGAAAAGGCAGCAAGCGCAGUUUUGAGGUGGCCGAGGGGGACCCGUCUCUGAUGCCUCCCAAGAUGGAGGAUGGAGAGGAAGAAAGAGGGGUCACUAUCGAUAUCAAGAGCUUUCUGAAGCCCGGCGAGAAGAGCUACACCCAGCGCUGCCGGCUCUUUGUUGGGAACCUGCCCACCGACAUCACGGAGGAGGAAUUCAAAAAGCUCUUUGAGAAAUUCGGGGAACCCAGCGAGGUGUUCAUCAACCGGGACCGGGGCUUCGGCUUCAUUCGCCUGGAAUCAAGAACCCUAGCAGAAAUAGCCAAAGCUGAACUUGAUGGAAUGAUUCUUAAAAACAGACCUCUGCGAAUUCGAUUUGCUACCCACGGGGCUGCACUAACUGUGAAAAAUCUCGCCCCUGUGGUUUCCAAUGAGUUGCUCGAAGAAGCUUUCUCCAUGUUUGGCCCAGUGGAAAGGGCUGUUGUCAUAGUGGAUGACCGUGGAAGGCCAACUGGCAAAGGCUUUGUUGAAUUUGCGGCAAAACCAGCAGCAAGAAAGGCUUUAGAAAGAUGCACUGAAGGAGCUUUCAUAUUGACAACGACGCCUAGACCAGUUAUUGUAGAACCAAUGGAACAAUUUGAUGAUGAAGAUGGAUUACCUGAGAAAUUUAUGCAGAAGACUCAACAAUAUCUUAAGGAAAGGGAGGAGCCACCACGCUUUGCUCAACCAGGCACGUUUGAGUUUGAAUAUUCCUCUAGGUGGAAAGCUCUGGACGAGAUGGAGAAGCAGCAGAGAGAUCAAGUUGAUCGAAAUAUCAGAGAAGCUAAAGAGAAAUUAGAGGCUGAAAUGGAGGCUGCGAGACAUGAACAUCAGCUGAUGUUAAUGCGGCAAGAUUUAAUGAGACGUCAAGAAGAGUUACGAAGAUUGGAGGAGUUGAGGAAUCAGGAACUACAAAAGCGCAAGCAGUUUCAGAUGAGGCAUGAAGAAGAGCAGAGACGUCGUGAGGAAGAGCUUAUGAGGCAACGUGACCAGGAUGAUCUGAGGCGGCAAGAGGGAUUUAAGACUAACUACAUGGACACUAGAGAACAGGAUAUGAGAAUGGGUGAUAUGGGCGUCCGUGGAGCAAUAAACAUGGGAGAUACCUAUAGCCCAGCAACUGCUGGUACCCAAGGUCCUCCUCCAAUGAUGGGGAUGAAUAUGAACAACAGAGCAACUGUGCCUGGCCCUACAAUGGGUCCUAGUGCUACGAUGGGAGCUGAAGGAACUACCAGUCUGGGAGCACCAAUGAUUCCGGAUAAUGGAUCAGUGCGCAAUGAUAGAUUCUCGCAGGCCUCACCAUCACAGAUGGGCUCCCCCAUGGUUAACAGAGCAGGAACUGAAGCUGCUCAGCCAGCAAUGGGUGGUGUAAAUGCAGUUGGUGGUGGAGGACCAGGUGGCUUUGGUAGAGGAAAUCAAGGGGGAAACUUUGAUGGAUCUAACAAGCGACGACGUUAUUAGUACAUCAUUCCUUACAAUACGUUAAGAAAACACAAAUUCCAGUGGAAUGCCUUUUACUUUGUGUUAUUUGAUGCCAUUGUUUUACUGUAUAUGUAGUAUUUGUAGAACCUUUCUGUUACGUAGCUUCGUAGUUUUGUGUUUUUUGGUCAAAACAAAAUGUGAUAACAUACUUCCUUGUGAAAGCUUAAUGUGACUAAAUUAAAUAUCAUUUUGAUAGUGCUGUAAACCUAUUGCCGAUAUAAUCACAAUAAAAGUAAGCUACAUGUUA